AUGAAGUUUUUCCCGCUAUUCCUUCAGCUGGCAGUCAGCUUGGGAGACUAUUGGGAUGAGGGAAGGUGCUUGAAUGAGACUGAGAGCACCGAGACUGUUUUCAUGCAAAUGCUGAAGAGGGAGAAAGUUUUGUCAACCAAAGAGUAUGCAGAGGCCAUGCAGUGCAAUCAGCAGCAGGAUUCUUUCAAGCUGAACGGAGGCGACUUUGUUUUUGUGCUGAGUCCAUCUGCUGGUGUGCUUUGGGGUGAUCUCAUGGCAAGUUGGCAAAAGGGACCUCAGAAUCAGCGGUACAUCGCCGUUGACUACACCUUUAUGUCGAAGAGUUAUCAGAUCAAUGACUACACGGCCCUCUCCUUGGACGCGGGUGUGACAACGCUGCCCAUGACGCUUUGGUUGCAAGAAACCAACAUGCUCAUUCUUCCCUUGCCCUUUGCGACUGGCUGCAAUUCCUUCUGGGCUGCGGCUGGAGGAUUUAUUGUCUCCCCCUGGCAGUUGGUGCUUUACCAAAGCAAGGGCUUUGACGAAGCAGGGUGGCCAAAGUCCUUAGAUCCAGAAGCUCUCAUUGUAGAGGACUUGGCGUGGCGCAUCCGCUUCAAACCCAAGCUAAUGGUCAUUCCAGGAGAGACACCUGAGACCCCACCGAUUCAGAUACUUAAAGCCUCUUUCUACUUGGAGUUCCGGCCCAUUUUCCGUGAUCCGGGACCUCCGAAGAAUAGCUCCACAACCUUGACCACCACAACAAAGCCCUAUGAUAGCCGAAGGAGAGGCUGGAGGCCUCCUCCUGACCUGGUACCACGAGAGGUGGUAGAGUGGUGCGUGGCAAAUGGGAUUUGCUGCGUGGAGCAAGUUGUUGUUCCAAACCCUCGUUGGACUUGCGUGAGAUGCUGCCCAAGCGGGAAUUGCCCAAGCUGUCCCUGCUCUUGCCACAAAGGUCAGAUCUACCUCUCUUCCAAUGUCUCCAACAUUUCUAUGAGCAUCAGCCUGCGAAAGAAGCCGUUGGCCUUGAGGGAGAUUAACGCUCGAGGUGAUUCUGAGGAGGGACACUUUGACAGGAAGAGCCUGACGAUUCCCAGUGGAGUGCUCUUCGACACGCCUGAACUGCAUAGUUUGCUUUCUACAGAGGAGAUGCAAAGGGUGAAAGAAUUCAAGAGUUCCACGGAUUCACCAGUGGUUCCUCCAGAGGGCAUAUUGGUGAAGGACGCUUUCAAAUGUCCAGAACCUUUCAUUAUUGGUGGCGGCUGUGAGUGUCUUGAUGGCUGCUCCCCUGCGCCGUAUAUUGACCAGCGCAUUGAUGGAUAUACAAGGCUCUUAUGUAGCGUCAAAUUCCCGGCGCCGCCGGAUUUGGUCACAGCUGGUAAGAUCAUUUGUGCGGUUGACCGGCCGAUUGUUCGCCAGAAAGUGCAGGGUCUUCUCUCACAGCCUGAGGGCAUCACUGCAACCUGCCCAGAUGGUGCCAGAGUGAUCGGUGGCUCAUGCAACAUGGCUGCGGAGGGCAACGAGGCUUUCGAAACGGCUUUUCCUGUGGAUGAGAGGAGCUUCUACUGCUCAGGGGUGGGUGAGAUGGCGGCCAAGCCUGUCAAGGUUGCAACGGCCACAGCAUAUUGCCUCGAACCACAAGGCAACGAGGAUGUGAAGAUCAUUAAGGUCCAAGGUCGUGCCAAUGCUUCUGCCAAGUGCCCGGAAAGCUACCAGCUGGUGGGAGGAGGUUGCAACUUCUUAGAUGGCUAUUCAUUUUCCCUACGGCAGUCCUACCCAACUCAGCAGAACACCUGGGAGUGCAAAUUUGAGACCACAUUCAAAUGUGGCCCAAGCAGCCCAGAUUGCCUGCUGAGUGAGGCCAGAGCAGUGUGUAUGGCCGUCUUGUCUUAG